CCCCGUAGCCGGAUGACGUCACCGCACCAUGUGACCAGGAGCUGAGCCACCGCGGCAGAGGGGCUGGCAGUGCUGGGAGAGAAGCGGAGGAGAGCAUCUGCUGCAGGACUCAUUGCACAGCUACUAGUUUUAAAAAAAUGUCAAGCGAAUUAUCCCAAAAUAUUAACAUCAAGGAACCUCGCUGGGACCAGAGCACAUUUGUUGGAAGAGCAAAGCAUUUCUUUACAGUAACCGACCCAAGGAAUAUCCUUCUGUCAAAUGACCAGCUGGAACAUGCCCGACACAUUGUUCAUGACUACAGAAAUGGAAUUGUGCAGCCUGGACUCACAGAAGAUGAAUUAUGGAGAGCAAAGUACGUGUAUGACUCUGCCUUUCACCCGGAUACUGGUGAAAAGAUGAUCCUUAUCGGAAGGAUGUCCGCUCAGGUACCGAUGAAUAUGACUAUCACAGGAUGCAUGAUGACAUUUUACAGGACAACUCCAGCCGUGAUCUUUUGGCAGUGGAUUAACCAGUCUUUUAAUGCCAUCGUUAACUACACAAAUCGUAGUGGAGAUGCUCCCAUCACUGGAAGCCAACUGGGAACAGCUUAUGUUUCUGCCACCACAGGUGCUGUUGCUACAGCUCUAGGACUUAACGCACUAACCAAGCAUGUUUCGCCACUAAUAGGAAGAUUUGUUCCUUUUGCUGCUGUUGCUGCUGCUAACUGUAUCAACAUCCCACUAAUGAGACAACGGGAAUUGAAACAUGGCAUUCCUGUCACAGAUGAGAAUGGCAACCGGAUUGGAGAAUCUGCCAAUGCUGCUAAACAAGCCAUCAGUCAGGUGGUCGUCUCUAGGAUCCUUAUGGCUGCUCCAGGCAUGGCAAUUCCUCCAUUUAUAAUGAACAGCUUGGAAAAGAAAGCUUUCCUCAAGCGCUUUCCAUGGAUGAGUGCCCCUAUACAAGUAGGAUUAGUGGGAUUCUGCUUAGUAUUUGCAACUCCUCUUUGCUGUGCAUUAUUUCCCCAGAAGAGCUCAAUGUCUGUGUCCGGACUGGAGCCUGAACUGCAAGCACAAAUUAAAGAGAACAGUCCGGGCUUAGAGAGAGUGUACUUCAAUAAAGGAUUAUAAUCCUGACCACACAACCGUCCUACAAGCCUCAAGGCCAUGCGUGUCACACAAUGUAUGUCGUUCAACUCGAGAGAGAAAGAAAGCAAGUCCUAAACCUUUUAAAGAGCAACACAGAGUAUUUUUUAUAGGUUUCAGAAAAAAUGCUGGUUUUAUUUUUCAAUGAGUAUUAUUUGACCAUACAGCAGAAAACAUUUCAUUAUAUGUACAGUUUAAUGGGGUACACUUCUCAAUUGGAUCUUAUUAGGAAGAGUUGGUGAUGAAAGCAUUAUAGGCAUUGAAAUAAAGAAAAAAAAUACUAUUUAGGCUGUCCAGGAGGCAGAAAAACGGGUAGGAUUUUUUAUUUUUCUUCAUCAGUACAGCGUCACAAAGUCCGAGAGCUAGAUCUGGUAUUGUAUCUGUAUGCCAUUCACUUCAUUGGGGCUGAGCUGCAAUACUAGAUACAGCUGUAAUGUCUAGUGACAGCACGAACAGCCAAAUUCCAGUGCAGUAACCCUCGAAUCUCUCCACAUAUCCACACUUGUUUACAUCAGCUUACCAUUUAUUUAUUGCAAGCUUUGACGUUUUGGCUCUCCUGCCAACAGUGCGACUCAGUAGUUCCAUAUUGCCUUGGAAGUAUGCCAACUGGGUGUCAUCAUCCUAACUGCCAAAGGUCGGUUACCUCUGACCCAUUACUUAUACAUAAACCACUAAGUGCACAGAUGCCAUACCUAUAUUGCAUAGCCUUGAAUAUAUAACAGCAUUCCAAUAUGUUGUUCUUAAAAGUACAGUGGCAAAGCCAUUGAUGUGUUUGCAUAGAAGACACAAAAUGUUUGCACAUUCUAUGCAAAUUACCCAUUUGAAUGUGGAUUUCAUUAUAUGAAGCUGCCAAGUAGAUCUUUACUACCUAUCCAGCAGCCUAAAUUGUGUGAAUAUUUUUCAUACAAGCGAAGAGUAAAUGCAGUUCAGGUACAUCAGUAUUUGACCGUGCCAAAUGAUUUUGUUUAGCCAAUUUUUCAUUGGGACAUGGACAAAGGCAAGAAUUGAAUAGAUAACGGGGCACUCCUUGAUGUUGAAGGAGCAAGGAACACUCCUUGAUAUUGAAGAUGAUUGUCCCCAUUGACCAAGAAUGGCUUUUGGUGAUCCUCUUCCAGGCCUAUUGUCUGCCGUGUCAGAUGGGCAUUACAUUCCUUUUAAAGGGGGUUGUCUGACCCCCAAACCCGAAGCAGUGGAAUGAGUUUAACAUAAAAAAGGCACUCACCUGUUCACUGGCACCCUGUUCCAGUGCAGAGGGUCAUUUCCUAUUGCUUCUAGUCCCUUAUGGAUCUGAUGUGUGGCAUGCCAUCCAUCAACGGGUGCACCACCGGCUGAAGAGCUGAGCUGCAGUAAUACAGUGAAUGGAGCUGUGUUCUGGGGUGAGUGGCUGCUGCAAAAGGCUGACCCCAGCCAAUCUGAUCCUGAUGGCCUAUCCUAAGCAUAGCUUAUCAGUAUCCAUAACAAGGAAAAUCCCUAAAACUCCACUUUUAAAGGUGUUUUUCCUUUCGCAACUUUUAUCACCUAUCCACAUGACAGGAGAUAAAUGUAUGAGAGUUGGGGUGUGAAUGGAAGCAGUAGUGCACAAGCCUGACCACCGCUCAAGCCUCUGUAGGGCUGACGGACAUAGCAGAGUGUUGUACUCCACAGUCCCAUGGAUGCUUACACAGCACUGCUUUAUUCUCACAGGGAACUUUAUGAUUGGUGGGGGUCUCUGUGGUCAGUUUAUUUGUUCAUAGAUGAUAAAUGUUAUCUGUGGGAAAACCCCUUUAAAAGAAAGCAUCACAUCUCUUUACCAGGUCCCAUCCAGUACAAAAUCCUGAUAAUUCUUGACUAAGACUAGAAUCACACUAGCAUUAAAACCAUCCGGCUUUAAUGGGACCCAGAGGGAUUUGGCCAGCCGGACUAAAAACAAUGCAAUGGUGAACUCCAGCCUGCCGGAUGGUUUUAAGUGGUGUGAAACUAGCUUAAACCUGUGAAAGUGGUACACGUUUUGAUAUUUGACCUGUAACUACACAGAAGCAGAGCAUCACUGCUGAAUGAUUAUUAUUUGUACCUUUGGUGCCUAAAAUGAAACACCUCAUGUGCUGCCUUUCCUUUAUCCCCCUGCCUAUGCUAUUACAUAUAAGUUUUUGUACAAAUUUCUUUAUUUUUUGUUUGUAAAGAUUUUUUUUGUUUAGCUCUGGUUAUUGUUACAACAUUUCUCCAAUAUAUAUGUUGUUAUUUUUGCUUAGUAAAAGUACUCUCUCAGUUAAUACUGUCGUUCGGUAGUCAUGGGUGUUCCUUUUAUCCAGCUACUAUUUUGAUAUAUAGAAUUUUGCAUAGGCUUUGGAUUGCCUAUUUUAAUCCCUAUGUAGCCGGGACCAAAAGCAGACUACGGAGAAGCUAGAAAAUACUAGACUAUACAUUGCACAAGUAUUACAGUCUACAAAGAGAACGCCAGGGCUUUUACGAUCUUUGUGUCCUUCUGUUGUGAUUAGUUGGGUUCACAAGUAGUUAGAUUGCAGAGCUACACAGCCAAAUACCCAAUAACCGUUUUGGAAAUCCUGAAGUAAAUUGUGAAAUUGAUCAGUUUACCUUUGUAGAAAGUGACAUAUUAGUAAGCACUGUUAUUAAAACUGUGAGGGUUAUACUGCACACCAUACAUCUGCAACAUUUCCUGUAAUGAAAGGAAAUAUCUUAAAUUGGUAAAUAUCAGUUUUAACAGGUAGAUUUUCAGAAAGUUUGAAGGGGUUGUCCACCGUUUAAGUAAUCAAUUAUGAUCCCCCCGCUGCUCCCGUUACAAUGCUUCACAAUAACCCGUCGGUUCCUUCUUCAUGGUCGGUCCCUCUAGACUUGCAGGAAAUGACCGGUCAGCCAUUCACUUGCCACAGCAAAUGAUUGACCUGAUUUCUAACCGAUUACUAGGUCAUGCUCUUAGCACUUCCAGUACUGUACAAGGUAUAUUUGAAAUGUGUUGAAUUACAUUAAACAAUGACUGCCACAAGAAUGUUCUAUUUUCUGGCCUAUUAGAAAGGCACAAAGUUGGGACUUAUCUACUGAUUUGUGGUCCUCAGCUGUGUCAUGGGAUCGGCACCGACUCUUCAACUGACAUAACAUCUUAUUUUUGCGCAGGAAGUCAGCUUCUUAUGAGACUCACUUCGAGGUUGUCAUUGGAAUAGAGAAACUGACUUCCUGUCGACACAUAAGAUGCUGUUUCAGCUGGAGAGUCAGUGUUGAACUCGAGUUCCUUUCCAAAAGGCCGGAGAAUACAUUUUUGGGGGGAAGUUCUUUACACUUUUUAUUUUUUAAAUAUAUAUCUAUAUAUCCUUAGGCUAGUCUAAUGGGGAAUGCUGUAAUCUGUUUCAAUUGACAGUGUGCUCAAUAGCAGCAUAUGGUUGAUUGUCUCAAAAUUAUUUUUGUUAAAAAUUAAUAAUUUAGAUGAGGAAUCGCUCUUUCAAACCUCAGUGUCUUUUCAACCAUCUCACAUUCUCAUCAAUUUGACGUUUGAAGUUUUAAAUUUGUCUGCUCAUUGAUCCUGUUAAUAUGGUUUAUUUUAGUAAAUGGGUUGUGAUGUCCAGGAUAUGAUGAAGAUGGUUUGUUUGAUGUCCUGGUUAAUUUCUCAGCAUGGCAGCAUUCACUCAGUGAGUCUCUUGAAUAUUUUUGGUGCUUUGUAGGGGUGCACAAGACUUAUGGGCCAAGGGAGGGCUUAGUAAUAGAAUGUGUGUUUCAUUUAUUAGUUGAAGGCUGCGAAAUUCUUUAAUGAUCGGAGAACAGAAGCUGCGAUAAGGAAUUCUAAAACCUUGUGUUUGUGGUAUUGCAUUCUGUGAGUUGUGCUAUAAACAGAAUAGAUUAAUAAUUAGAUAAUAGUGAGUAUGUCUGAUCGUGACAGGCGUAAAAUGAAUGAAUGUAUCUUGAGUAUUUUCAUUGAGGACGUGUAACUAUUUCAUGUGCCACUUGUGUAAAGAAAACAUUUAAUAGAUCUGAAGCUUUUUUUUCAUCUCUCAAUAGCUGCGAACAUCAAACCUCCCUUUUUUGCAAUUAUUUGUAGGGGUCCAGAAGGGUUUGCCAGUGCUUUAUUUCUCCUGCAUGCUGACACAGGUUAUGAGAGAUGCUACAUUUCAAAAGCUUCAUCGUGAAAUUGUUUAUUAUAGGUUGUUUUAUUCGUGAAUGACUGCUGACAAAUAAAAUUUCCUCAGAAUCGACUCAUUUCACCAGAGAAUUGCAAUGUCCAUGUCUAAUUUAUAACUCAGGGUUUAAGCAGAUAAUGCAAUACAUAUUUAUAGCCAAGAUUAAAAGAGCACCACCAAUACAGUUACUACCAAUCCAACAGUGACUUGGGCUCUCCGCGUAUGGAAACUAAUGUUUCCGCAUUCACCAAUUAGUUAGGCAUUGUUCAGGAACCCUUCGCUCUAGAAGAAGGUUUUAUUUUUAUUUUUUUAUUUUUUUUGGGAGGUGUUUUUUACACAGAAAAAAAAACAAUCAAUGUGGUCAUUGAGUUUGUGUUAACAGCAUAGGUCACCAUGUAUGCCAACACUUGUCUUCAACUGCAGCGAGACAUUUAUGGAAGGGUCAGUGAAGACCCUAUGCCCUAUGGUUCACAACCAAAGUUUCCACAUUUAACAAUUGGCUAUGCAUUGUUUAGGAACCCUCGCUUUAGGAUAGGUCAUUAUUCAUUUAUUUUUAUUUUUUUCCAAAAGAGGUCUAAAAAUGUGGAUAUACUGGUAUGUUGACUUGAUGAGGCUUGAUCAGCAGUAGCCACUAUGUACACUAACACCAAUUGAAUUCAGACAUUUGGCAUGGUCAUUAUCAACUAUAAACAUGAUGCAGUGUGGUUGACAUAUAUAAUAUUUAAAAGGGUUUUCCAAGAUUUUUAUGCUGAUGACCUAUCCUCUGGACAGGUCAUCAGUAUCUGAUCGGUGGGGGUCCGACACCCCCCGACAAUCAGCUGUUUGAGAAGGCACCAAGCACUGUGCCGUUCAUUGUAUAGCGGCUGUGCUUGGUAUUGCAGCUCAGUCCCAUUCACUUCAAUGUUUCUGAGCUGCUCCUAGACCACGUGACACAUUAAUGUGUCGUGACUCGGCCUAGGAAAAGCAGAGAGAAGUCCGUGGCGCUCGCAUGGACGCCAGUGUCUUUUUCAACAGCUGACGGGAGAGGGUCCUGGGUGUCUGAACCCCAGCGAUCAGAUACUAAUGGCCUAUCCAGAGGAAAGUCUGGGAAAACCCCUUUAAGUCACGUAUUUAUUGCAGUAUGUUCUAUUUUUCACACAGAAAGUUUUGUGUUCUCUUCUGACAUGAAUGUGCUGGCAAAUUAAGAAUAAAGAGCAAUUACUGUAUACCUAGAAAAACAAAGGUAUACUACAAUAAAUGAAUAUUAAUGUGAUUCACAUGAACAUAUUAGAACACCAUAAUACCAUACCCAAAGCAUGGAGUCAUAUACUUGAACUGCUUCAUCAUAUGCCAUAUUAUGGACAUAUUUUUCUCUAGAAGCAUUGUUUCUGGUUGAGAAUGUCUCCUUACUACAAUGGAGGCUUUGUACUGUAGUCCAGGUUUAGGACCUUCUCUGGAGAGAAAAAGAAGUUCCAACUCUUUGCUCGUUAAACACAGAAUUAUAGUUUUCAAGUGUAAAUCCUCCCUAAAGAUGUUGUAUUUCUUUAGAUGUAUAUAUUCUAAAGAGCUGUUUAAAAGCUACUUUUUCCCCAGAAAUGGCACCACUCUUGUCUGUAGGGGCUGUAAUGGCUUUUCUGGGUAAAAACACAUUUUUAUUUUAUUUCAUUUCAUACAUCCCCUUAAGAUAUUUUAGUUCACGAGAGAAGAUUUUUGAGGGGGGUAAUGCUUGUCUCUAGCUGUGAUAAGGGUUGGUAUAUAUAUUCUGUCUAGACAAUAUAUAAAGAAAUAUGCCUCCAAAUCCUGUCAUCAGAGCCUGAGUACUUUGGAUAUUCCAUUUUGACCUCAUAUGAAUUUAGAUCACUACAUGUGCUUUGGUUCUUUUUUUUUUUUUAAGUAAUAAUUGUAUAAAGCACAAAACUCCUUUACGGUUACCAACACCUUUUGGUGCACAUCAUGUGCUUAUUUUCUUUGAACCAAAGAACAUCAACUGUCAUACCCAAAGCUUCAGUCUUUUAAUGUUUUUAUCAAUCGUGUUCAUUUUUGUAGUAUAAUAAAAGAACAAACUGGAAACAUAACUCAUGUCAUUGUAAAAUGUUCUAGAGGGAAAAAACUCCAAGUAAUGUGCAAUAAGCUCCAGAAGUGAGAUGGGAAAAUGUGACUGUCUGCAAUGUUAUCUACACAAUGUUAUACAGUGAACAACUGCAUUUUAUGUUGCGUAUUAGUGAUAAGAAACUCUUAGGAAACUCUUAAAUGUUCUUAAAUCUAAAUUUAGCCAGUUGAAAUAAAAUACAACCAAGGCUGGACAAAUCGAA